CUGCGCCACGCACUUCACGCCGUGCGCUCACGUCGUUAAAAUAGGGCCCUAAAUCUUAACUGCCUUCAGUACUUAACGGCAGCUGAGCACCGAUAAACAUCAAACAACUGAGCUUCUGUACAAGCAGCACACGGUAACUGACAGUCGGGGGCGUCUGAAGUCUUGAUAUUUUUUAUAAGGAGGAGGUGAAAGAGAUACUGGUCUGGCUCAUGGAUUGUGGGCUGAUCAUCUUUGUGCUCACAGGAGCACUGGUCAAUGUUGCCUCUGCCCAAACUCGUCAGUACUACUUUGAGAGUACACCACUGAACUGGACUGAAGCUCAGAGCUUCUGCAGACAGGUCUACACUGACCUGGCCACCGUAGAAACCAUAUCUGACGUCAGUACCAUACUCAGCACCACACCGAGCUACAGAGGCAAAGCUUGGAUAGGCCUCUAUGAUCACAGCUGGAAAUGGUCCCUGAGUAACAGCAGCUUCUAUGGUGAAGCAGACACGGGGUUUAGAAACUGGGCUCCUGGACGUCCCAUCAAUCCUUAUGGUCAACAGAACUGUGUGCUGCUUCUAAACAAUUACUAUUACUAUUACUAUUACAAUUACAAUAACUUCCUUGGAACAUGGAUGGACAUUAAUUGCAACAACUACUACUUAUCUGUGUGCUACAAUGGUUCAGUAAAUGGCACAUCUUCCUUUGUAAAAGUCAACAAAUAUUUGAAGUGGACUGAAGCUCAGAGAUACUGCAGGGAGAAUUAUGUCGAUCUAGCCAGUAUACGAAAUCUGGCAGAAAAUGACGCCAUCACAAAGCUGGCAGCUGGGGAUUCAGUGUGGAUCGGUCUGUACUGGGAACAACUGUGGUCUGAUGGGAGCCCCUCUCUGUUUCAAAACUGGGCCGGUGGGCAACCAGACAGUCCAGAGCAGUGUGUCACCACAAUGUUCAGAAACUCAGGACUGUGGUCAGAUGAUAACUGCUCCCUCACUUUCCCGUUCAUCUGUUACUCAACAACUCCUCCAAAAACCGAAGACUUCAGAUCAAUAGGACAAAAUGAGUCCAGUAUCACUCUGCAGUGGAAUAAAGUGAACAACAACUUCAGCUUUAUUCUCCAGUUUAAUGAUGCAGAGAUCAACAUCACUGCACCAGAUGGAGAUGGACCAGUAACUCACACAGUCUCAUCUCUCACUGCUGCAACUGAAUACACAUUCACUCUCUUCUCUGUGUUUGAGGACAUCAGAAGCAGCGGAGUAAACAUUACUGCAGUUACCGCUCCUCCAAACGCAGAAAACUUCAGACCAACAAGACAAGAUGUCACCAGUAUCACUCUGCAGUGGAACAAAGUGAACAACAGCGACAGCUUUAUUCUCCAGUUUAAUGGUGCUGAGAUCGACAUCACUGCACCAGAUGGAGAUGGACCAGUAACUUACACAGUCUCAUCUCUCACUCCUGAAACUAGAUACACAUUCACUCUCUUCUCUGUGUUUGAGAACGUCAGAAGCAGUGGAGUGAGCAUUACUGCAGUUACUGGAAAUCGUCAGUACUACUUUGAGAGUACGCCACUGAACUGGACUGCAGCUCAGAGCUUCUGCAGACGGAUCUACACUGACCUGGCUACCAUAGAAACCUAUACUGACGUCAAUUCUGUACUCUACUACAGCUCAUCAAGCUACAGAGGAAAGGCUUGGAUAGGCCUCUACGGUGGAGGCUGGAGAUGGUCCCUGAGUAACAGCAGCUUCUAUGGUAAAGGAGAGACAGUGUUUAGAAACUGGGCCCCUGGAUAUCCCUACAAUCCUUACGGACAACAGAGCUGUGUGAUGCUUCAAAGCUUUUACUAUUACUAUUACUACUUCAAUGACUACAAUGGAAAGUGGUUGGACGUUGAUUGCAACUACCAAUUCUUCUCUGUAUGCUACAACGGUUCAGUAAAUGGCAAAUCAUCCUUUGUAAAAGUCAACACACCUUUGAAUUGGAUUCAAGCUCAGAGAUACUGCAGGGAGAAUUACGUCGAUCUAGCCAGUGUACGAAAUCGGGCAGAAAAUUUUGCCAUCGCAAAGUUGGCAGCUUCUGACUCUGUGUGGAUCGGUCUGCACCAGGAACCAUUGUGGUCUGAUGGGAGCCCCUCUGUGUUUCAAAACUGGGCCAGUGGGCAACCAGACAGUGCAGAGCAGUGUGUCACCACAGCGUUCAGAAACUCAGGACGGUGGUCAGAUGAUAACUGCUCCCUCACUUUACCGUUCAUCUGCUACUCAACAACUCCUCCAAAAACAGAAGACUUUAGAUCAAUAGGACUAAAUGAGACCAGUAUCACUCUGCAGUGGAAUAAAGUGAACAACAACUUCAGCUUUAUUCUCCAGUUUAAUGGUGCAGAGAUCUACAUCACUGCACCAGAUGGAGAUGGACCAGUAACUCACACAGUCUCAUCUCUCACUGCUGCAACUGAAUACACAUUCACUCUCUUCUCUGUGUUUGAGAACGUCAGAAGCAGUGGAGUAAACAUUACUGCAGUUACCGCUCCUCCAAACGCAGAAAACUUCAGACCAACAAGACAAGAUGUCACCAGUAUCACUCUGCAGUGGAAUAAAGUGAACAACAGCGUCAGCUUCAUUCUCCAGUUUAAUGGUGCAGAGAUCAACAUCACUGCACCAGAUGGAGAUGGACCAGUAACUCACACAGUCUCAUCUCUCACUCCUGAAACUACAUACACAUUCACUCUCUUCUCUGUGUUUGAGAAUGUCAGAAGCAGUGGAGUGAGCAUUACUGCAGUUACUGGAAAUCGUCAAUACUACUUUGAGAGUACGCCACUGAACUGGACUGCAGCUCAGAGCUUCUGCAGACGGAUCUACACUGACCUGGCUACCAUAGAAACCUAUACUGACGUCACUUCUGUACUCUACUACUGCACAGGCAAGGCUUGGAUAGGCCUCUACAGUGCCAACUGGAGAUGGUCCCUGAGUAACAGCAGCAUCUAUGGUGAAGGAGAGACAGAGUUUAGAAACUGGGCACCUGGAUAUCCCUACAAUCCUUAUGGACAAAAGAACUGUGUGCUGCUUCAAAGCUAUUACUAUCACUAUUACCACUUCUAUGAAUACAUUGGAACGUGGUUUGACGUUGAUUGCUACUACCCCUUCUACUCUGUGUGCUACAAUGGUUCAGUAAAUGGCAAAUCAUCCUUUGUAAAAGUCAAAACACCUUUGAAUUGGAUUCAAGCUCAGAGAUACUGCAGGGAGAAUUACGUCGAUCUAGCCAGUGUACGAAAUCGGGCAGAAAAUGACAUUAUCACAAAGUUGGCAGGUUCUGACUCUGUGUGGAUCGGUCUGCACCGGGAACGACUAUGGUCUGAUGGGAGCCCCUCUGUGUUUCAAUACUGGGCCAGUGGGCAACCAGACAGUGCAGAGCAGUGCGUCACCACAGCGUUCAGAAACUCAGGACGGUGGUCAGAUGAUAACUGCUCCCUCACUUUACCGUUCAUCUGUUACUCAACAACUCCUCCAAAAACAGAAGACUUCAGACCAAUAGGACAAGAUGAGACCAGUAUCACUCUGCAGUGGAACAAAGUGAACAACAGCUUCAGCUUUAUUCUCCAGUUUAAUGAUGCAGAGAUCAACAUCACUGCACCAGAUGGAAAUGGACCAGUAACUCACACAGUCUCAUCUCUCACUGCUGGAACUGAAUACACAUUCACUCUCUUCUCUGUGUUUGAGAACGUCAGAAGCAGCGGAGUAAACAUUACUGCAGUUACCGCUCCUCCAAAUGCAGAAAGCUUAAUAUCAACAGCACAAGAUGUCAUUAGUAUCACUCUGCAGUGGAAUAAAGUGAACAACGUCAGCUAUAUUCUCCAGUUUAAUGGUGCAGAGAUCGACAUCACUGCACCAGAUGGAGAUGGACCAGUAACUCACACAGUCUCAUCUCUCACUGCUGGAACUACAUACACAUUCACUCUCUUCUCUGUGAUUGAGAACGCCAGAAGCAGUGGAGUGAGCAUUACUGUGGUCACUAGAACUCGUCAGUUUUACUUUGAGGCUACGCCACUGAACUGGACUGAAGCUCAGAGCUUCUGCAGACAGGUCUACACUGACCUGGCCACCAUAGCAACCACAAGUGACGUCUAUGCUGUACUCAGCACCACAUCGAGCUACAGAGGCAAGGCUUGGAUAGGCCUCUAUGAUGACAACUGGAGAUGGUCCCUGAAUGACAGCAGCUUCUAUGGUGAAGGAGACACAGGGUUUAGAAACUGGGCUCCUGGACGUCCCUACCUUGCUAUUGGACAGAACUGUGUGCUGCUCAUAAAUUAUAACUAUUUCUAUUACUAUGGCUACAGUGGAAUAUGGGUGGACAUUAAUUGCAACAACCACUUGAACUUUGUGUGCUACGACGGUUCAGUAAAUGGCACAUCAUCCUUUGUAAAAGUCGACACACCUUUGAAUUGGACUGAAGCUCAGAGAUACUGCAGGGAGAAUUACGUCGAUCUAGCCAGUAUACGAAAUCAGGCAGAAAAUGACGUCAUAACAAACCUGGCUGCUGGGGACUCUGUGUGGAUCGGUCUGCACCGGGAACAACUGUGGUCUGAUGGGAGCCCCUCUCUGUUUGAAAACUGGGCCAGUGGGCAACCAGACAGUCCAGAGCAGUGUGUCACCACAAUGUUCAGUUACUCAGGAUGGUGGUCAGAUGAUAACUGCUCCCUCACUUUACCGUUCAUCUGUUACUCAACAACUCCUCCAAACGCAGAAGACUUCAGACCAAUAAGACAAGAUGAGACCAGUAUCACUCUGCAGUGGAAUAAAGUGAACAACAGCAUCAGCUUCAUUCUCCAGUUUAAUGGUGCAGAGAUCAGCAUCCCUGCACCAAAUAAUUAUUAUGGACCAGUAACUCACAGAGUCCCAUUUCUCACUGCUGCAACUGAAUACACAUUCACUCUCUUCUCUGUGUUUGAGAACUUCAGAAGCAGUGGAGUAAACAUUACUGCAGUUACCGCUCCUCCAAACACAAAACAAUUCAGACCAAUAGGACAAAAUGAGUCCAGUAUCACUCUGCAGUGGAACAAAGUGAACAACAACAUCAGCUUUAUUCUCCAGUUUAAUGAUGCAGAGAUCUACAUCACUGCACCAGAUGGAGAUGGACCAGUAACUUACACAGUCUCAUCUCUCACUGCUAGAACUAGAUACACAUUCACUCUCUUCUCUGUGUUUGAGAACAUCAGAAGCAGUGGAGUGAGCAUUACUGCAGUUACUGGCCCUAAUUAUGUUCUUGCCAUGAACGUGGAAUUGGAGUCAUUUUCUCAGCUGUCGGACUUGGAACUGCAGAGUGCACUAACUGCUCUCUUCAACCAAUACGGACUGUCACCACAGUUUUCUAUGAAAGUGUUGAGACGUGAGCUCAGAAAAGACAAGAUGAACUGAAGAAGAAUGGAUCUGCAAUGCAACAUUUUGGAACUUUUUCACGUUUGAUUUUUUAUUUUUUUAUUUGAUUUUUCACAAUUUGAUUUGCUUUCCUUGAAGCGAAUAAAAAAAAAAACAGAUGAUAGGAAAGACUUGUCAUCAGAUUCCAGUGAAAUGUAGUUUGACCUCAUUAUUCUGCUUUGUAUUUACUUAUACUAGUACUACUUAAUACUUCUAGUGCUAUGAGGAUCUCUGUGUUGUAUGUAUUGCUUAAAGAUCCCCUCCAAAAAUGUUUUAAGACAUAUAAAAACAUUCUUCCAACUU